AUGGAGACACAACAACCCUCAACUAGAGGUCAACUCAAUUCCUUAUGGAGCGAGAAGCGACUGAUCGCCAUAUGCUUCUUCAUUGCCUUGGCUCAGUUUCAGUAUGGGUAUGAUUCGGCUGCUGUUUCUGGCUUCCAGUCCAUGCCAGGCUUCCUCAUCGUCUUUGGCUACGUCGAUCCCACGAAUCCAAUCGGCUACAACAUCACCACCAAAGUGCAAACCCUCCUGCAGAGUCUUAUCAGUCUUGGUGCCCUGGCAGCAUGCAUCCUCAUCUUCAACUUUGGUCGAUUCAUCAGCCCUCGAGUUGGUCUCUGGAUUGCUUCGCUUGUUGGCGUAAUCUCAGUCGCUGCUCAAAUUGGAAGCACGCACCUCGCCGCAUUAUACUUUGGUCGUAUCAUGCUUGGAUUCUCGAACGGCUUCUACAGUACCUUUUCUGCCAUCUAUAUCGGAGAGUCGACUCCAGCGUAUCUUCGAGGCGCGGCUAUUGGCUUGGUCGUCUUACAGAUCAAUAUCGGUGCUCUUAUCGGUAUUGUCGUUGAUAACUCAACUCAGGUCAUGCUCAGCCGCUUGUCGUACCAGAUACCUCUUGCAGUCAUGUUUGUUGUUCCAGUCAUCAUGUCCAUCGGACUGAUAUUCUUACCAGAGACCCCUCGCUAUUAUAUCUCAAAGGGUCAAGACGAUAAAGCUGAGGCUUCAAUUCGAAAGCUACGAGGUAUAACCGAUGACGAAAGAAUUCGUGAGGAUAUCAUGAUUAUGAAGAAUGCUUGGUUGGAAGAGACUGAGAUGCGCUCCACUACUCACCUGCUUGACGCUUUCCGAGGCACAGACCUGCGACGCACUCUUCUCAGCAUUGCGACAGCUGUUGGCCAAGCUACUACCGGCAUCUACUUCAUCGCAGGCUUCUCAGUCUUUUUCUUUGUUCAGGCACGGAUCGGUGACCCAUUCAAGUGGGUGACUGUAUCUCUCGCCAUCGCUCUCACGGGAAAUAUGCUCUCUUUCCCCGCUGUGCGGUUCUUCAACCGUCGACAUCUUCUCCUUGGCACAUCUCUUCUCAAUUCGGGUUUGAUGUUAGGUAUGGCAGUUGCCUAUACCGUUUCUCCCGUGGGAUCACCCACUGCUGGAAAGGUUCUCGUCGGGUUGAGCAUUAUCUUCACCUGGGUGUAUGGUAUCGGCCAAGGUCCUGUACUAUGGGCUCUGCAGACUGAGAUUCCCUCUCAGCGACUACGAGCACAGACAGUGGGCUUCUCCCAAGGUACAAGCUUCUUGGUUUCAUGGUUGAGUGCGUAUUGUACGCCGUACUUCAUCAACCCUGAGGCACUCAACUGGGGUCCCAAGUAUUGUUACAUCUGGGCUGGUAGCAACCUUAUCUUGGCUGUCUUUACAUACUUUUUCAUUCCGGAAACUAAGGGCCGAAGCUUGGAGCAACUGGAUGAGCUGUUUGACAAGAGAAUAUCGGCAUGGAAGUUCAAGCGCUAUGUCACAGAUCUGCAGCAAGUUGAUACAGAUAAUUACGUGGGACGAAUGGACACUAAGGAGAAGGCGGGUAUAGUUGAGGUUGAGCAUAAGGAGAACUAA